AUGGAUGUUUCUACCCCGGCAUCUCUGGGGAAUUCGAAACGUCCCCGCGUUUCGGAGGAAAACCGCAAAAGAGCUGUGAGAGCAUGCGAUGGUUGUCGGCGAGUGAAGGAAAAAUGCGAAGGAGGCGUGCCCUGUCGGCGGUGUCUGCGUUAUCGGCGACAGUGUGUCUUUACUCACCCCGAUCAUGCAGAGAAACUUGCCCGCUCAUCGUCGGUCUCCCUUCUGGAGCGCACCGCCGGCCUCAGCCGACACGACAUGGCUGAUGCGGAGCGGAUCCGUCUCAUGGAGCGGAUCUUGGAGUACUAUGUGCCCAACAUCUCCUUUGACAUUCCGUCGUUGCGAAAGGCUGCCGAGGAGCUGCAGAGUAAGCACCGAGGGUCGGAGUCUGAUGUCCCUUCGACUCGUGUUGAGGGCGAGGACCUUGAGGAUCUUGCGAUCGAGGAUGAGGAUUUUAUGAUCAAGGCUUUACCUGAUAAUACAACACAAUACUCUGGAGAGUUUUCGUAUUUGAACUUCUCGAUGAAGAUUCGGAAAAAAAUUGAUGAAUGGAUGAAAGCUGCGGCACCGGAGGCAUCUACCGAAGCGGAGCCAUUUGAGGAGAGAUGGCGGGCGACACAGCUACAGUCAGGCUCUUCCAUGGUCUCAGCAUCAAUCACCUGUCUGCCGCCUCGUUAUGUGGCAGAUUUUCUGGUUCAAAUCUUCUUCAAGUACGCCCAGACGAAUAAUUUCUACGUGGAAGAGGACUGGCUACGGGAAAAACUCCACACCUGUUAUACAAACCCAUCGAGCCUUUCGUCCGACGAUGCUGGCUCAGUCUGCUCCAUUCUCAUGGUCCUGGCGGUUGGGACCCAGUUUGCUCACAUGGAGUCUGCCACCCCUGUCAAUCGACUGUCGGCCGACGCAUCGAUUAGCGAUGACCAUCACUUUUCAGAAGAUGAAGUUGGGCUCACAUUCUACCAGUUUGCGUCGAAAUUACUUCCUGAUAUCAUCGCCACUGCCUCGGUUCGGAGUGUUCAGGCCUGUCUGCUGAUAGGGACAUAUCUACUACCUCUCGACACCUCUGGGCUCUGCUAUACAUACUUUGGUCUAGCACUGAAGAUGGCUAUUCAGAAUGGUAUGCAUCGGAAGUAUCAGGGCGAGGGGCUCACCCCGCGGAUGAUCGAGGUCCGCAACCGCGUCUUUUGGACGGCGUACACUAUAGAGAAGCGCGUUAGUAUCCUUCAUGGAAGACCGGUCUCUUUAUCGGAUGCGGAUGUCGACGCGGCGAUGCCGGUUGACUUUCCCGGUCUGAUGCCCACGGGUCAAGUGUCCAACCACACCAACAUGGUGACGUUGAUCAAGCUGACACUGAAACUGGGCGAAGUUUCAAACGAGAUAAUCUUCAUUGGGCGACCCUUCCUAUUCAGCAACAUGAAGUCCACCAACCCAGCUAUAUUUCAAGGCCCACCAUUCAAAACAACACCCGGACUUUCGAAGAACUGGUCAACGCUUGUCACUGACUGCGUCGAGGCGGCACUCGAGAUCAUCGAUCUCUGUCGGCUGCUCCGUGAUGAAACCGGUCUUGCUCGAGCGUCCUUUACCGAAUUCAGCUCCUGUCGCGCCGCGCUCCUGGUCAUUCUAGCCCAGAGCUUGACCAAGCGGACAGAGCGACUGCGCGAGGCGCUAGAAAAAGGCAUGGCUCUGAUCAAAAUCAUGUCGAUGGGAGUGGGCUCCGCCAGGUCCGCCGUCAGCGUGAUCGAGGCGCUCGAGCGGGCCAUCCGCCGUCUUGAAGAAUGGAGCGAAACACAGGCCCAAAGAAAUGCCGGUGCCGUCGAGUCCGCCUACGAUCGCUUCAAGAACUGGGAGAUGCUAUGGAAGACCGGACCCAUCUCCCCGGGGACGACGGUCACGUUCCCUGAACAGUAUACUCCGGCGCGCCCCGGAACAGGGAUCCCUCCUGUGCCUGUCACACCGAUGACGGGCACGGAGGGCGGCAACGACGCCAUGGAAGGCGAUGUCGCUAGCACAGAUAUUGCAGGCUCUUCGGACUUUUCCGCGCCCCAUGCGUUCUCUCAAAUGCCGCCUUUGGGGUUCGACCACUUUGUUUCCAACUUUCCGCAGGAACUGGGCGAGUUUACUGCCAUUCCCUGCUUUGAGACUGAUACUCAACAGGGCCUUGGGGGUGACAUGAAGGCGUCCCAAGGAUGCCCACCGGAUACGAGGUGGAUGCAGUUCAUGGGUGAAUGA